AAUUAUUAAAGUGUAUUACUUAAUACAUGACAUCUGGCGUGAAAGGAUAGUCGUAUUCCACAAACCAUGUCUACUGAAAAGAAAGCGCAGAAUCUGAUACGGUUUAACCCGGACCAGCUACCAUGGACAUCAUGGAAGUCGUUGUUAAAGAACUAUUUUGCCCUUGCGGAAAUAGCCGCCACGAAACAGAAAGAAGUGCUGCUGAACAGUCUGGAAGUCCGAGCCUUCCAAGACCUUGUCAGCGCCUGUCGACCAAAGGAGCCUACGGAGCUGUCGUACGAUGAGCUUAUCAAGAAGCUGGACGAUACGUACAUAAAGGUCACCUACCAAACGACUGAAUGGGCCUCGUUUUUCUCUACUCGACAGAAAUCCAGCCAAUCGCUAGUGGCUUUCUCUAACGAACUACGGGAUAAAACUUACACAUGUAAGUUUCCUGGGACGUUGUUGGAGGAUUUACUCAGCUCAGUGUUUGUGGCUGGAGUGUACAGCGAUACCACGAGGCGCCAUCUCAUGUCGCAAGAGCUUAAGUCCUUCGACGAGACACUGCAGAUCGCAAAACGGUUUGAGACUGGCCAGGAAGAGGCCAAGGUCAACAACAACCUCCAAGAAGACAUCGUGAAGGCGACCUCAUCCCGUCGAAGCUUCAAGCCAAAUGGUGGUGCCAAAGCCAAGCGAGCUCCAAACAGCGGUGGCGGCAAAGCGUGCUAUCGGUGUGGAAACACGAACCACGACCAAGAGCAAUGUCGGUUCAAGGACCAGAACUGUCGCAAUUGUGGCAAGGCCGGCCAUAUUGCGCGGGUCUGCAAGUCCAAACAGGCAAGCGGAUAUCAAGGAGGGCAACGCGGUAGCGGGAGCAGCCGGACAGGAGCCGUGUACGACAUUCUGCACACUAGCUCGCCAGACGGAAACCCGAUGCAGAUGUGCAUCAAGGUCAACGGACGGUCAGUAACUUUUGAACUGGACACCGGAUCCGGGAAGACCAUUGCAUCAAGGCAAAUGUGGCAAUCAGUGGGAUCACCUAAACUGUCCCCAUACAAAGGAUUGCUGCGCAGUUUCACUGGCCACACAAUACGAGUACUAGGCGUGUGCAAGGUGAACGCAGAGCACCGGAACAGCACAGCCAGUGACCUUGAGAUGAUAGUGGCUGAUAAGGGCGGCGGGAUCUUGGGAAGAGACUGGAUCCGCGCGCUAAACAUGGGCGACCUGAAGUUCAGCGAAUUGUCAACGUCAGCCGUUCACACGGUGGCGGAACCGGACACGCUGGAAAGUAUCCUCGCGCAGAACAAGGAACUGUUCCGGGACGAGCUAGGAUGCUGCCGGACAUUUCAAGCGCAUCUAUACCUGAAGCCAGGCGCCAUACCGAAGUUCUGCAAACCACGCCCAGUGCCGUUCGCGCUCAGACAACCAGUGGAAGAAGACUUGGAGCGUUUGGUACGACUGGGAGUGUUGGUCAAGGUCGAUCGGGCAAAGUGGGCCGCACCAAUUGUGAUAGUCCGUAGAGUGAAACGGAAAGUGCGAACAUGUGCCGACUUGAGCACAGGGCUAAACGACGCGCUGGAUAUACAGAGAUAUCCGCUGCCUCUGCCCGAUGAACUGUUUGCAGUACUGAACGGAGGCGAAGAAUUUACGACAAUAGACAUGUCUGAUGCGUACCAUCAAGUUCCGCUGGAUGAGGAAAGCAGCUGGUUGGUGGUGAUCAAUACGCACCGUGGUCUAUUCCGCUACACACGACUGCCAUUCGGUGUGGCGGCAGCACCAGCAUAUUCCAGCAACUGA